UGUCGUAUAGUUUGAUCAAAACCAAAGGUCUCUCGCAGUCGUGAGGUGCAUUUCGAUAAAACUCAGCAGAAGACGGCCGUUGAAGUAAGAUGGGUCGCGCGUUUCUUUCUCAAAUCCUGAUUCUCUCAUCUUCGUCUCCGCACUUUGCUCCUUCGCUGUCGUGUAUUGGACCGAGGUUCUCGAAGGCCACUGCCAGGAACCUUCUUCGUUCUCACCGACCACUUAUACUCAGUGGAGCGUGCGUCCGCUGUUAUUCUAGCAUUGUAUCUGCUUCAGAGACUUCUCCGACCUCUGUAAAGAAACGGGUAGUUUCAGGAGUUCAACCUACAGGGUCUAUUCACCUUGGGAACUAUCUCGGUGCCAUAAAGAAUUGGAUUGGACUUCAGAAUACAUAUGAUACACUUUACUUCAUCGUGGACCUGCAUGCGAUCACAUUACCAUAUGACACACAACAAUUAUCUAGGACAACAAGGGAGACAGCAGCCAUUUAUCUGGCAUGUGGUGUUGAUACAUCAAAGGCAUCUGUAUUUGUGCAAUCCCAUGUUCGUGCACAUGUAGAAUUGAUGUGGCUGCUAAGUUCUGCCACACCAAUUGGUUGGCUGUACAGAAUGAUUCAGUUUAAAGAGAAAUCCCGCAAGGAGGGAGAUGAAAAUGUUGGGGUCGCUCUUUUGACAUAUCCUGUUCUAAUGGCUGCUGAUAUUCUUCUAUAUCAGUCAGACUUUGUCCCAGUUGGUGAAGAUCAAAAGCAGCAUUUGGAAUUAACCCGUGAAUUGGCUGAACGUGUUAAUUAUUUAUAUGGAGGAAGGAAGUGGAAGAAGUUAGGCGGCCGAGGUGGUUCCAUAUUUAAGGUUCCAGAGCCCCUCAUACCUCCAGCUGGAGCCCGAGUUAUGUCACUAACUGAUGGUCUUUCCAAGAUGUCAAAGUCUGCACCUUCUGAUCAAUCCAGAAUCAAUCUUCUUGAUCCAAAAGAUCUGAUAGCAAACAAGUUAAAACGUUGCAAAACUGACGCAUUCACUGGCUUAGAAUUUGACAAUCCAGAAAGGCCUGAAUGUAACAAUCUUCUUUCCAUAUACCAGCUCAUUACUGACAAGACAAAAGAGGAAGUUCUGCAAGAAUGCCAAAAUAUGAACUGGGGCACAUUCAAAGCCCUUUUAACAGAUGCCCUGAUCGAUCAUCUGCAUCCCAUUCAGGUUCGCUACGAGGAAAUCAUGUCUGAUUCUGGUUAUUUAGAUGAAGUCUUGGUUGAAGGUGCUAGAAAAGCUUCUGAGAUAGCAGAUGCUACUCUCCAGAACGUUUACCAGGCAAUGGGAUUCUUGAGAAAACAGUCAUAGUCAUGCUUGGGCGAAUAAUUUAAAAGAUGAAGAGAGAGAAUGACAAUUAGGUCUCAGAAUACUAAUUUAAUUAUAAUUAGGUUACUAACAAAAUUUUCUGUGAACUUAAUUGAAAAUAAAAAUUUAAGCAGUUACAAAUUCACGAGCCUCAACGAUGAGUAAGAGCCUAAUUAUUGGUAAAUUGAUAUUUUAAGACUUGAUUGUCAUUCUUGCAAAGAUGAGUGCGACAGCAACUUAAAGCUAACUUUUGGAUGAUUCAUCGUGGUCCCACACUAUUCGAUGUCCAAGUCCCAUAAGUUCCUGAUGCAAAGCACUAAAUACUAGACAGGUUAUUUUUCAUAUCCCGUGUUCGCGAUGAAUUUAGUUGUCACCUUCAUAUUUUAUGAACUUUUCCAUCAUUAUUUGUACUUAUAAUUAGUUCGUGAAAAAUAAGUUAUCUUGCUGUUAUAUCUUACCAAGCCACUCAGCUCCCUCAUCAUUUAAGUCUGCUAAUUGAGCAUUGGGGGUACAUCAGCUGUGUUAUGUAUCUUCAACUCUUAAGCUUAUUAAUUGGUUCCUCAUUAGUAAUCAUCUUUGUGGAUCUUAUUGAA